AUUCCACGUGUAACAGUCAAACUGCCUGAUUACAACCUGAAGAAACUGAAUAGGACGAGGUGCGACACACCUGCUGUAACGAUAGUUACGUUUUAUGUCACGCCACGAAACUACCCUUGCUUUCCGCUUGAGUUCAGAUGGACCCCAAAGGUACCAUAUAUUUAUUAAUUUAAGACCAUUCAACACAACUAGUGAAACAAGAUCAGGGGAAGUCACAGUGAAGAGGUUGUCACAUAUAAAUACUUCGCAACUCAAGCUCUAAAAGUAGGUUAGUCUUAAUUGAUUGUUUUAUUGAGUUAACCCGUUUUUGACGUUUUUAAGUAAUUGCAUUUUAAUUUCUGAAGUCGACGCCAUUUAAACAGAGAGCAAAAUUGUUGAAGAAGCCAUGUUGGUGCGCUCUGUGGCUAUUGAAGUUUCCUCUCUAAUGCUUUAUUACUGCAAUUAAUUGCUUGUUUGGUUGAUUCGUUUCAAUCUAACAAUAACAGGAAUAAACAGGAUACUAUUUUUUUCCUUUAGGCCGCCCGCUGCGCAAAUACGAUUGACUUGUCAUGAAACAUGUUUUCAUUUGUUCUGUUCCUUGCGGUGUUCUUUGAUUUUACCUGUUCAACUCCGUGGCGGCAAGCUGCUAAUGAAAAUGAUAAUCCAAGUGGCCUUGAAGACAACACUGUUAUAGAUCGUAUCGAACAAGCCAACGAAGAGGACCACGUGGAUCAGAAAGUCAAGAAUAUUUUUGAAGCUGACAUUCAGCUGACCAAAAGCGACAGCGAAGGAGUGGACACUAAAAAUUAUAACUCUAAAGAUACAGCCAAUGUUGAUGUGGACAGUGUCGUUUCCAAGCGCAAAGCUAUAAGCUCCCGCCGACAUCUCUGGGUAACUAAAGAAGUGCCGGUAGAACUGGAGACAACGGCAAAAUAUGCAUGGAACAAUAUUAUAGCGGCUGUAGAUGAGAUACAGAAGAAGUCGUGCAUUCGAUUCAGAAUGAAAAAGAGUGGUGAUAGAAACUGGAUACGUUUUGUAAAGAAAAUUGGGUGUUAUUCACCAGUUGGUCGUCAGUAUCGUAAGCGUGGUAUGCAGGAGCUAUCCAUAGGUGAGGGCUGUAACAGCAAAGGAAUCAUCAUGCACGAACUGAUGCAUGCGCUCGGUUUCUGGCAUGAACAAUCCAGGUCAGACAGGGACGAGUACCUGGAAGUAUUCUGGGAAAACAUCAAAAAGGGGCAAGAACAUAAUUUCAACCGCUACAAACCCAAACAGAUGGACUCCCAAGGAGGCGCGUACGACUUCUCAAGUAUCAUGCAUUACGGAAAUUACGCAUUCUCCAAGAAUAACAAGCCAACCAUGCUGUCUGUUAAGGAUCCUAUGCUUCAGUUUGGACAAAUCGAAAAACUGAGUGACACUGAUAUUCUACAACUUAACAGCAUUUACGACUGCAAAUCUGACAAAAGUCGUGGCUGGAGUAGUUGGGGUAACUGGAGUCCGUGUGACAGACAGUGUACAAGAGAAAGAGAAAGAUUCUGCUCCGCCGAAGACUUGAAAAAGUGUCCAGGAGCGACGGAAAGGAACAGAGUUGAAGUACAAAAGGGAAGGUGUCGAUCUCAAGAAUGCUAUGUUCCAGUUAAAGGCCACUGGGGGAGGUGGGGACCGUGGUCAAAAUGCUCUCGGACAUGCGGCCAAGGUUACAAGACCAGAUCUCGGCAGUGCGAUGAUCCGACGCCUCUUUAUGGAGGACAGUUUUGUUCGGGAACACUCGUCCAAUUGAAGCCUUGUCAGUUAAAGAAGACCUGCGGAUGGUGAUGAGAUGGUUGCUAUGGUUACCAAGCAGACAAGUUACAAGGAGGCUCAAUGUCAAGAAGUGCCUCUCGUGACAAAAAUGAUAAUAAAAGAGGAAAAAUACUACAGAGAAACAAUAUCGUUCUAAUAUAUCACAAAAAAAAAAAACAAAGCAAAAACUGAAGCAUAUCUUGAUCGCAGACAAUCGUAGGGGAAAAAAUUAUUUGCUAGUAAGAAACGCUUGCAAAAGCCAGUAACUGGGCCAUUAAGAAAAGGCUAAUAUUGCGCAAAACUUGUUGUAGUUUUAGCAAAAACUGUAAAAUCUUUGCACCUUUGCGCGACUUCAAGAAAAGCUCUGUUUACUUUUGCAAAUUAGUGUUUGUAAAACUGCGCCCUUUUAGAGCCGCCACUUCUGCUUCAAUAGGUGCUAUAAAGUUGAUCGAAGAAGCAGAGCAACAAAUUUUUGAGAAAAUAAAUAAACUCAUUUACUAGAAGAAUGGAAUGGUUGUCACUAAAUACUACUUUCUUUAUUUUAAGAAUGGCGUCGUCUGAUCUGCGGAAAGGGGAAAAUCUUUCCAUUUAUAAUUGAUCAUUUUCGGGAUUUACGAAGAUGUUCCGAACUUUUAUCGAAUGGUUUCGAAAAUCCUUACUGAUUAUUGUUUAAUAAUUUUCGGAAAGAGAGAAAAAGCGAACGAUGAUAGACCAACGAAUGUUUCCGAGCGUUUCCCGAAAAUUACCCGAUCAUAGACGAAAGAGCUCUCAAACGUCUCCUUAACCGAUCACUACCCGAUCAUGUCCUAUUCAAACCCGCGACGAACAAACACUUGCGAACAUUUCUCGAUCACUUUCAUAGUCAUUGACAAACAAGCAGUUCCGACCUUUUCACGAUCACUACUCGAUCACUGUCGUGAUCAUAGCCGAACAAGCACUUCCGAAAAUUUUCGGAUCACUUUAUGAUAAUGAAAGAACACACUCCCGAAAGUUUCCCGAAGAUUUCCCGAUCACUUUCUCUUUAGUAACAGAACGCACCCGAACGUUUCCCGAACGCUAACAGUAACCAAAUCGGCUUGCAAAUCGUGGCAACACGAUCAAAUGAGAAGACCACCCGCGACCACCAGAAAAAAACGCACACUUGGAAUAAUGGCCCGUGAAGUGUCAUUUUCUAAAUAAUUUCAUUUAUAGAGUAAAUUACCUCAAGAAGCAACUUAAAAAGCCAAUUAAGAAACGAAAUUGGUUCGCAGAUUUCAAAGGUGAGUGUUUAUCAUUGUAAUCUAAUAUUUACCUGCCGCUUGAUUCAGUACUUCAAAAAUUUUGCCUUAAGUGUGAAAUAUACCACCCUGCUUACAUCAACGUGAAUUGUAACCGUGAUUUUUUUAAAAGAUAUUUACCUUGAUUUGUUUAUUUAUUUUUUCAUUAUGACCAAAAAAUAUUUUUUUCAUAUAAUGUGCUGUAUACUUACAAAAAGGAACAGGAUAGAGAAAAUAAAUCACCCGUGCCCAAACACCGAGAACGAACUCCAAAUUUGAUUUAGUAUGGGUUAUUAACUGGGCAUGAAGGCCAUACGGUUGUAUGUGUUGACCUCGAGGUCAUGACAUACGGACCGAGAGCAGCUUUGUGAAAUCAGAACGUCUUUCYUGAUAUUAUUCCUUGYUUUUAUAUUACGACUCACCACUCAACUACACAGUGAAUACUCAUSUAUGGYCAUCUUAUAAUUUACGGUACGCCCAUACAUUCCAAUGAAAUACCCGCCAAGUUCGAUUAUUUCGUUUUGCAUGCAUUUAUGUUUUGCUUCAUGAAUAUUUUUUUUCUGCUAAAAAUUAAUUAGUUCUGCACUGUAAUAUUUUGGCAUUAUUUUUACCGUCCGUUAAUUGCUUACCUCCAUCAUUCGUAAUUAAAUGUGUAAUGUGGCAAUAUUUGUAUUAAUAACAAGUGUUAUUUUGUAUCUUUUAGGAAAUAAGACAUUAAACUAAAAUUUAUCGUAGAAAUAUCGCCGGCCUAAGAACUACCUUACAGCUGAGGGUAGGACCAGGACAAAAGACCUUAAAGACAAAAUGUUUUCAAACGAAAGCUCUGCUCCAGACAGUAAAUACUUUCCCUGUCAAGGCUCGUGAAGGCUAGUAAAAUUCAACUGCCAAUCUAUUAACAGAUGUUGUUGCUGACAUUUCUUCUCUGGGUUGCGAUGUGCCUUUCGCAUCCUUUAAAUGGUGAGUUGUCUAUCUUUUUGCGCCGUUUUUGGUAACGAUUCUGUUUCGUGUAAGAUUGGUUUUCCAUUUAGAUCGGUUUUCAACUGAGUGUCGCAAAACCAAAACCAGGGAGGCAGAUAGACCAAUGAACUAGUAAAAACUGGAAGUACAUACAUGUUGCAGCCGGAAAGCGCGGGAAGACGUGUGCGUACGAGUCACGAUUGGUCUUGGUUUUGCUACUGAUUGGAUGUCUAAGUGUCAAUCGCUUAGCAUAGUAAUGAAAAACCAAAUCAAAUUUAACACUCAAAAGAAAACCGCUCUACCUCCGAAAGUAAUGUUGUUUUGCAUUGUAAGAGGUUCGUUAUCUGUCCAAUCACAGCGAAGAUUAGAUUAAUUCUUAUUCUCUGCCAAUGUUUCUGCCAAUGACAUGCAAAAGCAAAGCGUUUCGCCAGCUACAAUUUUCCCGCGUUAACCAGCGGGUACAUGCUUUUCCGUCCUUACCUGCCAAGUCGCAUGUGGAUUGACUCAAGUUAAUGCACGCUGAUUGCAGUUCCAUUUUCUCUCAAAGUUUCGCAAGCAAGAGGGGAUAUUUUUGUCGGAUAUUGAGAAUAAUAAAAAAAGGACAAUAAGGAUGCUGUUCCAUUUCGUCUCGUUGCCCGACGAAGAUUUUAAUUAGUUAAAGGAUUUGGAAACCUUUACUCGAUUCAGAAGAGAGAGAGAAGAUCCUUUUUUCUUAGAUAUAAAGAAAAGACCGAAAAGACCAGCUUAAGGUUGACUAGGUCCUUUUUGUUGAUGAUAACCGGAUCAAAUAUCUACAAUUAACAGAUAAACCUCAUCACCAUCCUCCAGUGUUUGAUGGAACUGAUAAGACAGUACCAACGGACUUACAGGACAAAUCAGUCGUUGAUGAAAUUGAGGAGGUCAAUGAAGGUAAGGUUAGGUGCAAGCUAAUCUAAAUGACUUUUCUCCUGCCCUUGAAAGCACCUUACAAUAUGAAACCCUGAAAAUAAUGGUCUUUUUUAAUCCGAAUCAGUCAGUCGUGAUAAAAAUAACCAGUGGACGGUAAAUUCCGGUCUCGGAGAUCGAACUGAGCCCGUAGUUUUCGUGUCACAGUUGCUUAGCAGCUGAUCAUGCCACGAUGGCGUCACAACUUUCGGAGUACUUUGGAGUCCUCGGGUGGUCUUCGGAAACGUCACGAGUACUUCAACGAAGGUUUACCGAAAACGGUAUUUGAUUUUUAUCCCUGACUGUUAUGUAAAGUAAAAGUAAAAUCUUUCGUUCCUCUUUUCCAGAUACUGCUAACGGAAGUUGACUGUUCGAAACGGACAUCAAGCUAACUCGUCUUGACCACAACCGAGUAGAUACGAGCUUAACCGGAAACGCACCAGGCGCUGAUGUUGAAGUGGGGAAUAUUGAGAAACGAAAAGCUAUACGCACGCGCAGAAAGAUUUGGCCAUCCAGGAUCAUUCCUGUGGUUCUCACAGUCGGUGAGGAAACUUUUACCCGGGGGGAACUCCCAUAUAAGAAGGACGAGAGUGCUGGUCGUACCUUUUAGGGGUUAAAAACGGA